GCUGAAGUGAAAGUGGAAAGAGGAAGAGAUCUGGGAUCUAUUUAUUCAGCUCAGAUAUCGGCUCAGCUCAGUUUCUACCGGCAGCUGGAGGGGAAGAGGCAGCAGUUGCUUUCGCAGAUUAAAAAUGCCCUCCUCGUAUGAACGCCUCCAUGACGAUCACGCAUCAAACGGGCUGAAGUCCACCAGCUGUGUGGCUCUAGCCGUGGUCCUGGCCGUUCUCACGGUGUUGGGGAUUGUGCUUGCCGUUGUUGUGCUGGAGAGACCCCCGCCCCCUGAGAAUCCCGACAUCCAGCCGGGGGAAGGUGCUGGGAGCAACCUCUCUGAGUGCAGGUUGACCCUCGUGGAGAGCAUUCCUCAACAUGUCAAAUAUAAAGCCAACGCAACCGUCGGGGUCCCUCUGGAAAAGGUCUGGAAAGGUCUGAUCGCCAUGGCGACCGAGCAGGUGGACGUGGUGUCUUUCUACUGGACGUUAACUGGGGAGGACAUCAACGUGAACUCGUCCUCUGACAAGCCUGGGAGAGCCAUCCUCAGAGAUCUGGAGGAGCUGCCCUCCAGGAACGUGUCUGUCCGGGUGGUGACCAGCAUCCCCUCCGUCUCCAACAACUCUACAGACCUGAAGAUUCUCAAGCAGAAAGGAGUUCGGGUCCGGAGGGUGAACUUCGGACGCCUGACCGGCGGCGUCCUCCACACCAAGUUCUGGAUCGUUGACAGAAGCCACGUGUUUAUUGGGAGCGCCAACAUGGACUGGAGGGCCCUGACGCAGGUGAAGGAGCUGGGAGUGGCGGUCUACAACUGCUCCGGCCUGGCGGAGGACCUGCACAAGGUCUUCAUGUCCUACUGGGAGAUGGGGCUGUCCAACAGCUCCCUGCCCCAGCCCUGGCCUGCUCAGUAUGACACUGACGUCAACAAACAGCGCCCCCUGCUGGUCACAGAGGGGAACAUCUCCAGCAGCUUGUACAUCUCUGCCUCUCCUCCAUCGUUCUGUCCUCCGUCCAGGACUCUGGACUUGGAGGCGAUCCUCUCCUCCAUCUCAGAGGCUCAGCACUUCAUCCACGUGGCCGUCAUGGACUACCUGCCCAUCUCUGUCUUUACCAAGCCUCAGAGGUACUGGUCUUUCAUCGACGACGCCCUCAGGACGGCCGCUUUUGAAAGCAGAGUGAAGAUCAGGAUGCUGAUCAGCUGCGGGCGGGACACCGAUCCGGCCAUGCUGCCUUUCCUGCAGUCUUUAGCUUCAAUAAACUCUCCUCAGCACGGAAUCCAUGUUGAAAUAAAACUGCACAUUAUUCCAGUGGGAAACCAGUCUGACAUUCCAUACAGCAGAGUCAACCAUAACAAAUACAUGGUGACUGAUAAAGUGGCCUACAUUGGUACGUCCAACUGGGCAGGGGAUUACUUCAUGACCACGGCCGGAGUGGGCCUGGUGAUUUCCCAGCAUGCCCCUCACUCUGAGUGGACGGCGACGCUGCAGAGCCAACUGAAGGCGGUUUUCGACAGAGACUGGGACUCGGAGUUCGCCGUCCACCUCCACGACCUGGGACACAACCCAGACUGUGCUUUAGCAACAUGACCAAAACUGGCGUUUCUCAGCACUUUAUUGUGAAAAGUUUAUUUUGAAUGUGUUAAAGAUGGAGUUUAAUGCUACUUUCAAAUUGCCAAUGCCAUUGAGAGGUGGUCUUCAUAGCGGAGAAAUUCUUCAAGGGUUAAGACUGAAGGUGAGGGUUGAAACUAUGAGAUGUUUUACAAUAACAGAAAAAUUUGGAUUAAAGAGUGACGGAGACACAUGAAAAUGAUCAAAUAAGUUACUGAACCAUUAUUGUAACAGUUUCUAUAGUUGCAAAAACUAUAACUUACACUGACCAGAGGUGAUUCACAGCAUCUUUUCAUGACAAAAGCAUUAAAUCAAAAUAUAAAAAUAAAAACAGACUGUUGGUAUUAAACAGCAUGUGCAAGUUCAGGAUUUGUGGCCUCCCGCACCGUCACGUAGCUGUAUUUGUGUUUGUCUCCCUUUGUUUUUAUGAUCGCAUUACUGCUGUAGCGGAGCCAGAGUGGGGGCAAGGGGGCGGUCGCCCCAGGGCCCACAAGGUCAUAGGGCCCCGUUUCAUGUGAUGUGUUCACAUUAACUCGUAAAUAAAUUCUUAUAAUAAAAU